AUGUCCACUCUGGACUCGAAUCUCACGUCGAAACCUCACGUGGAAAGUGACGAAAGCACGGUGUAUCGCUGCGCGUCGUCGACGCACUGUCUGCCCAUUGUGAGCAACGUCUACCUCAGGAUAAAGCCGAACGCCGAAGCGGAAACUAAUGGGAGAGUUUACACGGUGCUCGGCUCGACGACACUUCGCGUGAAAAAAGGGGAGACCAUAGACAAGAAAUACUCUUUCGCGAGGAUCUUCGACUCGGACGCCACUCAGGCUGACCUGUUCCAUCAAAGCGUACAACGUCGAGUGAUUCGCUUCCUUCUCGGCGAGAAUUCGACGAUCUUGACCUACGGAGCGUCCAACACCGGGAAGACGUACACUCUGUACGGAACGCCGGAUUCGCCCGGCGUGAUCGCUCGCGCCAUCGAGUUCCUGUUCUCCACGGUCAAUUGCACCUUGACUGCCUGGUACAAGGUCACCGACGACGACAGCAUCGUCCCUCUGGACGAGCGCCAGCGAGCCACGGAGAUACACGACAGAGCGAGUUUGGUAAACGCGAAGACGACCGCUGGAGAUGAGUUCGCGCAGGCUCGACUGUCCUUGAGCAAUUCGAAGCCUCGAGUCCCAGAGUCGGAGGAGCAGGAGCACUGGAGAGACGAGUGCAUGACCUCCGUGUGGAUGUCCGUUGUGGAAGUUCACAACGACAGCGUGUACGAUCUUCUAGCGAGCGACGACGAAGAAAGACGACCGUUGAAAGUGACCGCUCGGAAGGACGGUUCCGCGCGCGUAAACGGUUUGAAACUCGUUCACGUUAUCACGGCUCUCGAGGCUUGCCAAUUGCUGAUGCACGCUCGAUCGAGGAUGGCCGUGGCUGCCUCGAACUCGCGGUCCCACACGUUCCUCACCUUGAAGCUGUUGAAGUACGAGAAAGAGAACGCUCCGGAGGACGUUCGCGUCAGCACGCUGACGUUCUGCGACGUGGCCGGCUCGAGGAGGCUCCAUAGAGUGGAGGAAAGGGGGAUCGGGUUGACGGAAUCGAGGAAUAUAAACAACAGCCUGCUGGUGCUCGGAAGGUGUCUGAAAUCUCUUCGCGACAAUCGCUCGACAGUUGGCGACCACGUGACCUUCGGUCCUUUCAGAGAGUCGAAGUUGACUAGGAUGCUUCAGAAGGUUCUAGCCGGCCGUGAAAAGGCCAGCUUCAUCGUCACCAUCGACGUCGGGGCUGACUCGCUCCUGGAAACGUUGAGCGUUCUGAAUUUCUCGGCGAUGCUGAGGAAACUGGAAUGCGAGCCGAGGACGUCGAGACGGAACACGUUCACCGUGGCGGUACCAAGCAGCCAGAAAUCGUCGUCCAGGUCGACGUCUGUCGUCCGAAGCCCGAGAAAGACCAUCACGUCGGAGCACUCGUUCGCUGAUUACGAAAGAUUGGAGGAGAGACACGCGGAACUGACGACGCGUCUGAAUGCUCUGGAAUGCGAGAGCCUGAGCCGAGAGUGCGAGAUAAGGCAGGAGCUGGUGGACCAGUACUCGGCAGCUAUCGCCGAGCUGGAAUCCGCUUGGAAGAAACGCGCGCAGGACAUCGAGGACGAGGGACGAGAUUUGCUGAGGUGGUCGGUGAAUCAGGUGGAAACGUUCUACAAGGAGCGGAUCGACAGCAUAACGCGCGGCAAGAAGAGGAAACGGGACGAGAACGACGACGGUGACGGGGUUCGAUCGAUUUACGGGGAACUCGAGACGGAGAACGCGAUGGUGACGUCGAAGGUGGUCGUUCUCCGAGAGAUGGUGCAGAGUUUGCGAGUGGAGAACGAGUUGCUCUGCACGGAUAGAAACAAAUGCAACUUCGAAUUGGCACUGGCCAAGGAGAAGCUCAAAGGUUUCCGCGACUUGAUUCGGAUACACUUUCCCGAGUUGUCUUCGAGGGCGACGCAGAACGACGCGAACGACGUCGGUUGGCUCGUGCACGAAUUGAAACGCGCGUUCGACGAGAAGGCGGAGAACGUGCGAUCUCUGGAGAAGAGGUUGAAUCAGAUGAGCGACAAUUACUUGCAGAUGGCGGCGAGAUCCGUUGAGAUGGAGAAGGAGUUGCGGAACGCGAAGGUCACGCUGAGCAAAGCGAAAAGUUUCGAGAACGAAACGCGAGAAAAGACGCGGAAAAAUAUCGUUCGACACUUGCAGCUGCAACUGCAGUUGCUCAGGAAAGAGUUGACAGAGUCACGGGAGUGUGAUUCGACUCGAAAACAUCUGACUCGUUCGUUCAGCAACGAGGAUCUUUUCGGCAGCGAUAACAGCGACAACGCCGGAGAGUUGACGACGCAGGCUCACGUGGACACCAGAACGGAACGACAUUUCAAUCAGGGGGAUAGAAGCUCGUCGAAAAAAGUUUCCCUGCACAACGUCGUGGACUCGGACUCGUUCCGAUCCUCCAGCGGGAGCAGCAACGCGAAAGAGGACUCUGGCAUCGACUUCAGUUGCAGAAGCCAGAGAUCGACGAGCAUCAACGACAGUUCGAUUGCGGAAGAAACGAAGGAGAGUUGUACGCAAACGACGACAACGACGCUGUUUCGAGACGACGACGACGACGAUGAUGACGCUGAACAACAAGAUGAACUGUUUCGCCAGGCGAGCGAUUUGAGAUCGGUGAUGGACGCUUUGAGGAGAAUCGCGGACAGCAACAAGUCGGAGGUGGCGGAUUGCAAGAGCAAAUUGUCAGUCUGCGAAGAGAGGAUGAAAGAGCUCGAGGAGGAGAACGAACGACUAACGAGAAUGGUGGAGGUAGACGCACGGAAGUACAACGAGCGUGUCGGCGAGUUGACUCGAGAACUUCUGGUCAAGGAAGAGGACGAUAGUCGGUGCCACAGGCGACUGGAGAAUUGUUUGAAGAAGUGUGCCUCUCUCGAGAAUCAAUUGUCCGCGCUCUAUCUCGUUCACGAGCGGACGCUGAAAUCGCUCGCCGGGCAGAGUCCGCGGAUCGAAAAAUCGGGCAAGGCGAAAGAUUUGGAGACGAGCGCAGAGGCGCGAGGCGAUCCGCUCGCGGUGCAGCAGCUGCGCGAGAAGGUUAACGGGCUCGAGACUGUUCUCGAAGAGUGCCGGCAGGAGAGGAACAAUUAUCGCGAGCGAUUGCAGGAACACUUGGAGACGCAGUCGUUGCUGGAAACGAAACUGAAGUGGCUGUCGUCGGAAAUUCGGAGCAGAGACGACGAGUUAGUCUCGCUGAGGGCGGAGGUGAACGACGCGGCGCUGGCGAACGAUUCGAACGACGAGACGCUGAAGAGUUUGGGAGAGGAGAUCGGUCGAUCGAACGAGACCGUGCGCCGCGUGAAAGAGAAACUCGCGUAUUUCGAGGAGACGAGGAGGAAUCUCGAGGAAAGAUUGGAAAACGCGAUCGUCGAUCCUCGAUCACUUUCGACGAAAAUUCACGAGGAGAAGAGAGAAGACGAGGGAGAGGAAUUUCGCAAACUAAAGCUGCGGAUAUACGAGAACGAAAGGGAGAUGGACUUACUCAAGAAGCACAGGAAUAGUAUGAUAAAGAAGUACGAAUGUAUGGUGCAACGUUUGAGGAUAGAGGUUGAGAAGAAGAAGGAACAGUUGACCAAAUUGCAGAAGUCAAUAUUGUCGAAUUUCACGUGGAACUAUCGAAAGUUUUCUAACAGCAGUCGCGAGAAGUCUAUGGCUUUUCAAUUGCAGAAAUGGAGGAACUGUAAUGAUCAACACUGGAAGCAGACGUUUGUUGAUAGGAAAACUAGCAACGAAGAAUUACCUCCGUCAAUUACUAAUUCGUCCAGCGUCCAUUCGUCAAGUUCGCAACUGUCGAUGAAAAACGAGGAGUUUGACACAGAGGAGUCUUGCCCAACAGAGAGCAGUUUGGGGUUGAACGACUCGAAGGUAGACACACGUCAGAUCCAGAGCGAUGCCUCCGACUGUUCUGAAGUGCACUGCGGCUGCGGUAUCGGUUUUAAAAAUGCUGCGAGGCACGGAAAAAUGUCAGGUUGGAUGAAAGUUCGAAGAAGCAGCAGCAGCAGCAGCAGCAGCAACAGCAGCGUGAAUGCCUGUCUCCUGCGUCAACCUGACGGCGAAUUCACCACUGUUCGCAACGAUGCUCUCAAGACUGACAACAGGCGCACGUUAGGAGCGGUUCGUUUCCCUUGGUUUCGCGACUUGAAUUCAGAGGAGAAGGAAGGAAAGGAGCGUCAAACUGUAAGCGAGUUAUCGACUAGCGGUAUUAUCGGUGUAUCGGUCGUUCCCCCGGGACGAGAUCUUGUGUAA